CAGAUAUCUUACAUUUGUUUUAUAAUAGGUGUGGAAGAUGGUCAGACUGUAAGAAUGCAGGUUGGGAAAAGAGAAUUAUUUAUAACCUUCAGGGUUCAGCAGAGCGAUUAUUUUCAUCGAGAUGGUGCUGAUGUUCACACAGAUGCCACAAUUAGUCUUUCUCAGGCAGUGUUAGGAGGAGCCGUGAGGGUGCAAGGAAUUUAUGAGGACAUUACUAUUAAAAUCCCACCAGGAACGUCAUCUCAUGCAAGAAUAAGAGUAGCAGGAAAGGGUAUUAAGAAGAUGAACUCGUAUGGUCAUGGGGAUCACUACAUUCAUAUCAAAAUUAAGAUACCACAAAAGUUAACACGUGAACAGAGAGCCUUGCUUCAGGCAUAUGCUGAAAUAGAAGAGAACACACCAGGCACAAUAGAUGAUAUAACUGACACGUCGGAAGGAAAACGGUUGAUGGAAGAUCCCAGUGGUUUAGUGAUGGAGAUACGAAAAGUCGUGAAAGCAAACAUUUCUAAUGAUAGUAACAAAAUAGCAAAAAAAUUAUCUGAUGUGAAAAAAAUAUGAAACUAGUUGACUUAUUUGAAAUUGUUUUACUUGUAAUAUUUGCUUGCAAUAAAGAACAUGUAUAUUAUUUUAUGUUUGAAAUAUCAUCCAAGUCUUACCUGUGCAUUCUUGAGAAUUUUGAAGUUU